UAAGCAAAGUGUAAUUUGCACACCUUAGUAUGCAAAUAAAUAAUACUUUUAGUUAUUAGUGAAUAUUCAUUUUUAUAGCUGUGACUCACAAUCUGUUGUUCAGGUCAAUACACUCUGUUACUAGAGACUUACAUAUAUCUUUACGGUUUUCUUUUCCAUGUUUGAGAGAAAAUGGCGAAAGUCCAAAUGGCCUACAUUGCAAAAAAAUUUAAAAUGAUACAAAGGGUUGCAUUUCAAAGAAUAAUAUUCCUUCCAUUUCUGCUUCGUUUUAAGCCAGUCCUCAAAUUUUCCAUUUGAGGAAAAACUGAAUUUUCAUAGAAACGUGAUCAAUCUGGUAAACGGUGGAAAGAACUCAAAGUUAUAACAACUCUCACCCAUUCAGAAAGUAAUUUGAAUACUAUAGGAUACCUAGAUGAUAAAUUCCUUGAUUUUCUUUCCAGAUAUGGAUGAUUGUUUUCAAUGUUCAGAAGAUCAUUAUCCCAAUAAAGAAAAGAAUGGAUGUAUCCUGAAAUUGCUGGUCUUUCUAAGCUUUGAAGAAACAUUAGGAAUUGGUUUGGCCUCAGUAGCUCUUUGUUUCUUCUUCUUGACAUCUUGGGUACUUGGAACUUUUAUUAAGCACAGGGAUACUCCCAUUGUCAAAGCCAACAACCGGUCCCUCACCUACACUCUGCUUGUCUCUCUUCAGCUCUGUUUUCUCUCCUCUUUGCUCUUCCUCAGCCAACCUAACAAGGUGACCUGCCUUCUCCGACAACCAACUUUUGGCAUCACUUUCUCAGUGGCCAUUUCUAGUGUUCUGGCUAAAACUAUCACCGUGGUUGUGGCUUUCAUGGCCACUAAACCUGGUUCUCAGAUGAGGAAGUGGGUGGGGAAAAGAUUGGCCUUUUCUAUUGUCCUCUCAUGUUCUCUAUUCCAAGUAAUGAUUUGUAUUCUUUGGUUGUUCACUUAUCCGCCAUUCUCUGAGUUGGACAUGCAUUCAGAGCUCCAAGAAAUGAUUUUACAAUGCAAUGAGGGGUCAACUUCAUUCUUCUACUGUGUCUUGGGCUUCAUGGGUAUCUUGGCCAUCGCCAGCUUUAUUGUGGCUUUUCUUGUCCGUAAAUUACCUGACAGCUUUAACGAAGCCAAGUUCAUCACCUUCAGCAUGUUGGCCUUUUGCAGUGUGUGGAUCUCCUUCUUUCCAGCCUAUUUGAGCACAAAAGGAAAAGCCAUGGUAGCUGUGGAGGUCUUCUCCAUCUUGUCCUCCAGUGCUGCUUUACUGGGAUGCAUAUUCCUGCCAAAAUGCUACAUCAUUGUUUUGCGACCUGAGCUAAACCACAGAGAGCAACUCACAAAAAGAAAUUAGUACAUUAUGCGUUCUUUCUGGCUCUCCUAAUUAAAAGAUCAAAGGUGGUUUGUAUGCAAUUUCAGGGAAAGAACCUGAUAUUUGGUGCCUUUGCAAUCCAUCCUCUUUUUUUCAUUGAGGUUUCUCUAUAAUUUCUAGAUUUAAUGGGAUUUUAGUGUGGUCUAGAGGGUAAGGAACUGUGGUAGAAACCAAGGGGCCAUGAGUUCAAGCCCUGUCUUGGCCAUGAAAGCCAACUGGGUAACUUUGGACCAAACACUGUUUCUCACAGGGUUGUUGCUAUGUGGAAAAAAUAAGGGAGAUGGUAUAUUGGAUAUGUUUGCUGCCUUUGGUAGUUUGUAAAAUAAUAAAGUGGUAUAUAUUGUAAAAAAAUAAAAUAAUAAAUGAAAUGAAAUGAAGCACUAAUAUGAAAUGAAAUGAAAUAAAGUAAUAAAAUGAAACAAA